CUGAGAUGCUCCUGCGGUGCAGGUCAUCACGAAAACUCAGGUGCCCGUAUAACUGCUUUUUGUACACUAGGUUUACCGCUUUCUCGCCAUACCUCAUACAAUGAAGCUAGUGAAACAGAACUUUGAAAAGGAUGCCAGUGGGAUCGUGGUGCUUGUACCACAAGACAAAGAGGAUCUCUGGGCGCUCUACAACCUCAUCCAAAAGGCGGACGAGAUUGAGCUCACCACGGUGCGCAACGUGAAGAAGUCUAAAGACGGCAAGUCUGGCAAAACUGAACGCAAGGUGGUGAAGCUCCGCAUUGCGAUCGAAACCGUGGACUUUGCGUCGCUGGAUGAAAGCAUGCGCAUUCGUGGCCAGACCGUAACCCCCAACGACGAUGUUCCGUUAAACUCCUACCACACGGCUCAGAUUGAAUACAACCACCCGUUCACGUUGUGGAAACCCGACUGGGACCAGGUAGCGUACGACAUCAUCGCCAAGGCGUGCCAGAUCGGUGCCAAGGCAGAGCUAGGGGCCGUGGUGCUCCAGGAAGGUGUGGCUCACUUGUGCUUGAUCACCGAGAGCAUGACGGUAUUGGUGUACAAGCACGAAAAAGCAAUUCCAAAGAAGAGACGAGGCGAUUCUUCGGCCCACGACAAAGCCAUGGACCGCUUUUUGACUGUGACGGCAGAGACGAUGGCGCGCCAUUUUGACCUCCAGAAGUUGAAAGCGGUGCUUGUGGCGUCGCCGGGUUUUGUGGCACAGUCGCUCUACGACAAGUUCUUUGAGUUGGCAGUGAAGCAGAAUGACAAAGCCGCCAUGGCUGCAAAGCUGAAGUUUGUGAUUGCCCACUGCUCCACCGGGUAUCUCCAGGGCUUGGAAGAGGCGUUGAAGUCGCCAGAGGUACAGAAACAGUUGUCGGACACUAAAUCCGCGAGGGCCGUGAUGGUAUUGGACGAGUUCUUUGAUGUACUCAACCAGGAUAACGGUAAGGCGUGGUACGGCGACAAGGAGUGUGCCAAGGCCGUGGAGAUGGGUGCUGUCAAGACGUUGCUCAUAACCGACACCUUGUUCCGAAGCGACGACAUUCCGAAGCGCAAACACUAUAUUGCCUUGACCGAGGCUGUGAAGGUCGGGGGCGGUGAAGUAUUUUUGUUCAGCAGCUUGCACGAUUCGGGCGAGCAGUUGGAUCAAUUGACCGGGAUUGCCUGCUUGUUGAACUACCCGGUGCCUGACUUGGACGAAGAGUAGAUAUUUAUAACUGUACAAAGAUAUACCAUGUAAUCCAUUGAAGGGAAAGGUUUAGGGCC